AUGGCCUCCUCACCAUCGACGAGAUUAGCUAGCUCCUCGACCAAAUCAGAUCUUCCUUUCGCUUCACCAGCGACGAGCUCGAGUCCUCCGUCGGCAAGCCCACCCUCGACUUCGACGAGUUCCUCACCUUCUACCGCUCCAUCGAGGACGACGAAGGCGACGAGGAGUCUAGGGCGGUGGUGGAGAAGGAUUUGGAGGAGGCGAUCAAAGUGUUCGACAUAA